GAGGAGCCGCCAUCUUUUGUCGCGAAUCCGCGGGGGGGUUGUUUGGUUGGUUGGUGCGGGGAAUGUGAGUCGGGGGCGAGUAUCGUUCUGAAAUAAAAUCUGGAACAUUCCAUUAUAGAGUUACAUUGGCAUGAAGAUAUUGGCGAAGGCCUGUAGUGGUAAUGUUAAAGACCCUGCUCGGAGUGGUGACUUCGAUAUAUUCUUUCAUUUAGUGCGGCGCUGGGUUUCGGGGAGCCCCUGAUUUUUUUUUAAAUUAAAACUGGAUCGGGGCUCUUUACCCGAGGUCAAUAAGGCAAUUUGUUUGGGAAAAGACAUCGCUGCUGGUGGAACCGAAACUGUGCCCAUUCACUGACGCGCCUCUCAUUUCCCCAUCUCUGUACCCCGGCCUGACAGGAAACCCUGCUGACUGCACAUCCUCGUACUGAGAUCGGACCAUCAAUUCGAAGCAAACGGAUGUAUGACACCAUGUCCACGAUGGUGUAUUUAAAGGAAGAUAAACUUGAAAAACUAUCGCAGGAAGAGAUUAUUGGCAAGACAAAACAAGUGAUCCAAGGACUUGAAGCCUUAAAAAAUGAGCACAACUCUAUUUUGCAUAGCCUGUUGGAAACCCUGAAAUGUCUUAAAAAAGAUGAUGAGAUGAACCUGGUUGAAGAGAAAUCCAACAUGAUCCGCAAGUCUCUGGAAAUGUUAGAACUUGGUCUCAGUGAGGCACAGGUGAUGAUGGCAUUGUCCAGUCACUUAAGUGCAGUGGAAUCAGAAAAACAGAAAUUACGUGCUCAGGUGCGUCGGUUAUGUCAGGAGAACCAGUGGCUACGGGAUGAGCUGGCGAACACUCAACAAAAAUUGCAAAAGAGUGAGCAGUGUGUAGCUCAAUUGGAAGAGGAAAAGAAACAUUUAGAAUUUAUGAAUCAACUCAAAAAGUAUGAUCCGGAUUCUUCACCACUGGAGGACAAGGAUACGGAUUCAUCCAAAGAACCAUUGGAUGACCUUUUCCCCAAUGAAGAUGAUGAGACAGGACAGGGAAUUCAGCAACAACACAGCUGUGCAGCAGCUGCAGCACAGCAGGGUGGCUAUGAGAUACCAGUCAGACUAAGGACCCUACAUAAUUUAGUCAUACAGUACGCGUCUCAAGGCAGGUAUGAAGUAGCCGUACCUCUUUGUAAACAAGCUCUUGAAGAUUUGGAGAAAACAUCAGGGCAUGAUCAUCCUGAUGUUGCUACUAUGCUCAAUAUUCUUGCUUUGGUGUACAGGGACCAGAACAAAUACAAAGAGGCAGCAAACCUACUUCAUGAUGCCUUAGCCAUUCGAGAGAAGACCUUAGGAAAAGAUCACCCUGCGGUGGCAGCUACAUUAAAUAAUCUUGCAGUUCUUCAUGGAAAAAGGGGAAAAUAUAGAGAGGCUGAACCCAUGUGUAAGAGAGCUCUGGAAAUACGUGAAAAGGUACUAGGUAGGGAUCACCCUGAUGUGGCAAAACAGCUAAAUAAUUUGGCGCUAUUGUGUCAGAACCAGGGGAAAUAUGAAGAAGUAGAAUAUUACUACGAGCGUGCACUGGAGAUUUAUCAGACAAAACUUGGACCUGAUGAUCCAAACGUAGCAAAGACAAAAAACAACUUGGCUUCUUGCUACCUAAAGCAAGGCAAGUUCAAACAAGCAGAAACACUGUAUAAAGAGAUUCUCACUCGUGCUCAUGAAAGGGAGUUUGGUUGUGUGGAUGAUGAAAAUAAGCCUAUUUGGAUGCAUGCUGAAGAAAGAGAGGAACAAUGCAAAGGAAAACCAAAAGAUGACACCACAUUUGGUGAAUAUGGAGGCUGGUACAAGGCAUGCAAAGUUGACAGUCCAACAGUAACAACGACAUUAAAGAACCUUGGCGCACUUUAUAGACGUCAGGGCAAGUUUGAAGCAGCUGAAACACUGGAAGAAGCAGCUCUGAGAUCCCGUAAACAAGGUCUUGAUAAUAUUCAUAAACAAAGAGUAGCUGAAGUACUGAAUGAUCCUGAAAGCAUAGAGAAAAGAAGAAGCCGUGAAAGUCUAAAUGCUGACGUGGUGAAAUAUGAGAGUGGACCUGAUGGCGGUGAAGAAGAUGGAACUGGAUCGUUGAAGCGGAGUGGCUCCUUCAGCAAACUGCGUGCCUCCCUCAGACGUAGUAGUGAAAAACUAGUAAGAAAGCUGAAAGGUGGAAGUCCACGAGAUAAUGAACCAAAGAAUUCUGGUAUGAAGCGUGCCAACUCUUUGAAUAUACUUAGCACAAACGGCAAGGCUGCUGAAGAUGCUUUUCAACAACGAAAUAAUUGUUUGACAGAAUCCAGAAGUCUGAGUGUCAGCCAUAAUGACCUGACACACUGUGGAUCAACAUUUGGAACGAAUUAGACCCACCAUGUCGAAGAAACACGAUUGUCAUUGCUGGAAUUUCAUAAUACUUUUCAAAUUAAAAUCACAGAAUAUUAUACUGUACAAAUUCAACAGAAGUUUUUGAUAUUGUGUUAGAACACAAACUAUGCCUUAUAUUGUGAAUUGUUGUGAUGCAGUAGGAAUUGAAAAUAUAUACAUUAUGCCAUUAGCAUCAAAGAAAAUAUGUUUUAAAGAACAAAAUAAAAAUGCCACAGCUGAGCUGGUUUUAGAUUUGUGGGUAGAAACUACAAUUGUGAUACCAAUUAGUGUGACUUAAUUUGUACAGCUAAGUUUAUCCUUCCUUGCUUGUUUUAAAAUUGGGUCUUCUGCAAACCACUAUUAGCUAUUUUCAAUAAAGGCCAUUUUACCUUUUUGGCAUCUCAUAUAGCUUAUAUGUGCCAUAUGUUUGUUAUUAAAUAGUUGAGUAAUCUGAUAUACCAAAUAAUGUGUUAGUGAGGUCAACUGAUCAUUAAUUAAUAACACCUAUCUAAAAGAGAAUUCUGAGGCACUUGUGCAAUGUCCCUAUUCUUUGAUUGAAGAUACACCAAGAACUUGCACUAUAUAAUCCCUAGAAUCAGAUAGAAACAAUGCUGCUAAUGUGUAUAGAGGUCAACUUUAUUACAAAACUGUUUUUAUAAUACCUCAAUCAACUAUCCAACAGAAUGUUACAAAACCAAUAACUGAACAACAAAGCAUGUUAAACGUAAUCUUAUUUACUAUCCAGAUGACUGAGAAUUGUGGUACAGUUAUGCUUGAAUGCUACUGGGAAGGGAAAAAAAACAGAAUUGAAUAGAACUGGACCUUAAGUGUUUUUCUUUUAAAUUGGCAUUCUAUUUGAAAGAUCUAAAUGUACAUUUUUGAAAUUACUGCUGUAUAUACAGAUAUGUUAAUUUGGUGAUGGUCAAUGAGACUGCAGGAAAUGAUAAAAUUACACAGACGUUUUGAAAUUUACAAAUUGAAGGCCUUUAUAGAUAACUUCAUCUAUCAUUGUCUCAUUGUUUUGCACUUAUGUACAUAUUCAGCUUGUCCCCUGUGUAAUAAUUUUAUGUCCUGUUUGGGCAGUACCUGGAGUACUACUUGUCUGCUUUCAAAGUGGUUUUAUGAAGCAUUUUUUGUCUGUUUAUACUUUUAUAUUUGUGUACUAACAAAGUGUAUUUGCACAUAUUAAAAAUGAGGAUUACAUUUGAAGAUUUAAAUCAUGCAAGUUUGUAAAAAUGGAGUAGCCAGAAGACCUUAUGUAUAUAGAUGCUCCAUGACAUUAAAAGGUUUACGUGUGGUUCUAUAAACACUUGUGAAUUUUUAAUGAGUGCAGCAGCUGUUAAAAGUGUCACAAGUUGAAUUCUGACUACAUUAGUUAGUAGAUUCUGUGCAAUAUGGCAGAACAAUGGAAAGUGAUGUUUGUUCAGGCUACUAAAAUUAACAUCAGUCAUAGCUGCCUAUAAAUUAUUUACAAACUUCGCAGAUUUGUGAAUUUAUUUAAUAUGUGUAUUCCAAGCUGCAGCCUCUAAUCCAUAAAUUAACUAUAUGCCACCUCAUGUUAAUGUAAUAAAAUUGGAUUUAAUAAUUCACAGGGUCUGUGAUAACAAGACCAGUUAUGAGGACAGUGAUUUUGGCAGGUAGUGAAUAUUAGUGUUGGAAGAGAGAUUGUUUAAUAAGCUUAGCUGAUGAGUUUGCAUCCAGUUAACAAAUAUUUAAUUGUAUAUUGCACUUUCAUUAAGAUUAGUCUGUGUAGCCUUGACAUUGCAUGUAAUGUUUUGAUAUAACUCACCUGGAAAAGUUCAGAGUGCUACCAGUAAGCAAGUAUGAUUCAGAAUGAAAUAUACUGUAUUAUUGUCGUAAGUUUUCUUAGAACUGAAGACUUCUGCAAUGUUAUAUUAGUUAUGUUUGGCCUAUGUUACAAUAUUUAUGUCCAAAAUGUAUGAAAUUUGUUUUUGUGAAAUAAGUAGUAAGAAAUAAAAGCAACUUAAAAACAAACCUUUGAAUAAACCUAAUGAACAAAGUGUUUCUGAAGGCAAACGAAUGAUGGUAAGUCGUAUUAUUCAAACUUGUUAUCGGAUAGAGCUAUAUGUUACAACCUAGUCAUUUUAAUUGUUCAGUCUGUAAUUUUUUUCAUUUUCUACUUGUAUCUGCUCUUAACACAUUUAAGAGACCAUUUGUUUUAAUCAAUUUCUGUCAGUUCUGUUAUCUCUCCUUUACAUUUCAUUCCUCGUCUUAGCUCAUUUGCAGCUGAAGCCCUCAUCCAUGCCUUAGUACCUCCAGACAUCAUCAUUCCAACAUAUUCGUGGUCUCUCACAUUCUAUCCUUUGUAAACAUGAGGCAAUCUAAACCUUAUCUACCCAUAUCUUGCAGUGUCAUAUUUCUCUGUCACCCAUUUGCUGAUCGACGUGAUUUUAAAAUUCUCAUCCUUGAGUAUAACUGAAGGAGGACACAUUUCAUCAAAGCUUUUCAUCUUUCAUUCAUCAAGACAAUUUGCAAGAAUGUUAAUUUAAGGGGAAAACUGACAUUUAUACCAUGAGUGUGCUGAUUGGUUGUCUAGUCAAGUCUGAUUGAGGCAAUGUCAUGGAUAAUGCACCAGUUAAUAAUUGAUAAUUAACUGUUAGGUUUGUUAAAUUUUAAACCACGAAGAUUGACUGACUGGUCAGGGAAUUUCCUUGAAAAGUGAACCUGAGAGUAGCUGUCACCUAUUUUCUUAAAUGAAAACAGGUGCAGUACAUAUUCAUUUUCUUUCUCCUGAACAAUGGGACUCUGUGUGCUAAUGUGCAUCGCUUCUAAUGCACAUACACACGUGCACUAUGCACUAUUCUGUGAUUUUGACUGACAAUUCUAAAUUGACUGGAGGUAUAAUUUGUCUGUCACUUAGAAUUAUUCAGUAAAUGCUGUCCAAUUGAGUCACAUCUAAUAUUGGACACUGCGGCUUUUGCAGAAAUGAGCUGGUUGGGUAUGGGUAGCACCUUGCUUGUUACAAACAUCCAAAAUGAUAUGCUGCUUGAUGUAAUCUACCAUUCUUUACGACUCUCAGUCUACAUCCCUGGCAUCACAGUGGCGCUGAAACUCAUGUAUCACAUGGUCAUCUCUGUGAUAAGCAGGAUGUUUUAUUGACUUGGCAGCAGCAUCCUAUUAGUGAACAUCAUUCCUGUUGGCACUUGAUAUUAGUACUAUGAAACAGCUAGCACAAAGCUUUGAUAUGUCAACGUAAUCUGAAAUAACUGUGCCCUUUUCAGAACCAACAGUGAUUGUGCAAUCUCAUAAUAGGCAAUAUACAACAAGUGAUUAUCUGAUCAACCAGUUAUCAAACUGAUUAUUCCGCAGGAUGGCUUUGAUGUAUCCAAUUUCAGCAUCAGAAUCACAGGUUAAACCAGUGCCUUAGGCUGUAUAUGAAUGGUUGCUGGUAAGGUCAAUUUCAUAGUGCCUGGAACUGUAGGGAUUCCAACGUGUACUGUCGACCCAAUAGGUUUUGUGAUGGACAUUAGUGGAGAAAUCCCUGGUUGAUUUUCCAACUACGUAGAGAAAAAAGAGCUUGUUUAACUGGGAGAUAGCAAAAACUGCAGAUGCUGAAGUCAGAGUCAAUGUGGAGCUGGAGGAACACAGCAGGUCAGACACAUCAGAGGAGUAGAAAAGUCCAUGCUUUGUUUCUGAAGAAGGGUCCUGACCUGAAACAUUGACUUUACUACUUCUCUGAUGCUGCCUGACCUGCUGGUCCUGCAGCUCCACACUGUAACUUUGAGCUUGUUUAACUUCCAUUUCAAGUUCAAAUUUAAACACAGGAUGGAGCCUAUUUUGAAAUAAGUAGAUUCUUGGCAUGCAACUGCUGAAACAACUAUAGUAAAUGUACCAUCUCCAUGCUAGGAAUAUGCAAAAAUAGGAGGUUAGCUGUUACUUUAAUUUCAGUCCUGCUUCCCAUGGAACCCAAUAAAGAUGUUUACAAGCUCUGGGCCCAGAAGGGAUCUGAUGGUAACACCAGUUAUCUGGGAAUUUGUGGUGUAAUUACUACUGAACUCAGUUGCACAAGUCGCUGGGAUCUUAAGUUCAGCGAAUACUGGUUUUCACAACGACAGGUUUAGAUCGCCAUGAUUUAGUGCUGCAGAACAGGUACAUGUUUUCCUUGGGUGAUGCAUCAAAUGAACACAUGGACACUGAAUUGCUAUUGAUACACCUGACAGACAUUUUAAAAAAAUCAUUCAUUGUACAUUCUCCCUGGCAAGUUUUUCACCAAUCAUUCCACUUGUCAGUCAAAAUUCUCCUCUCAUGCAAUAUAAGUACCGAUUUUUCUUCUUUAAUUGGUAUCUCUUGCAAAUUAUCCUGACGAAUCCAAGAUAAAAAGCUUUGACAACAUAUCUUCUUGCAGCAAUACUCAAGUUCUGCAUUGUCAUCCAACCUAGUUUUCAACUCUGUCCAUGCCAUAGCCCAUCCCUACAUCUGUACUCUUGACUAGCCCCUUAAUCCAUGAGAUAGCUAUGCGUUUUCUAAUUCUAACCACUUGUGUGUUCCACCAUUGGUGGGCAUGUCUUCAGGUACCUUGGCACAAACAAUGGAAUUUCUUCAAGCACGUAUUUUCAUACAGUUGCACAGCAUUGCAUGGAAAGAUUAACAAAGCCUUAAUGUUCCAACAAUUGUAAUAAAACUGUCCAUUUGUGGUUCUGUUACAUGUUGUUUUGUAAUGCUUAAGUGAAAAGCUGCUCUAUAAAUAUCCGUUAUUACUAAGGAACAAGUUGGAUGCCAGUUGUGAAAUUACACUGGUGCAUAGUUAUUGAAGUUGCCCAGCUUUUCAAUGAUGUUUGAACUCUUGCUGAUUUUUUUAAAAAGUUACCUUUUUUCCUUUAACGAUUUUGUUUUGGAGCUGUGAACUAUGAAGCUGAAGAUUACUUGACUUUGGAAAAGAGUUUGUGGUAAAAGGAAAAGAGAAGACCAAACAAUCUUUGUUUAUUUGUGAGGCCAGGCCUAGAGGUUAAUUGCAGGCUGAUAUUUAAUUUAAAAAAGUUCCUAUGGAGACAGUGACCUAAGGAGAAGUGUUGUGUUUAAACAGGCAACAGAAGUUGGCUAUCAAUGAGGUUUGUACCUGAGAUUUUAUUCCAGCAAGUCUGGAAGAGACAUUAUAUUUAAACCGAGAUAAGGUGUAGAGCUGGAUGAACACAGCAGGCCAGGCAGAUUCA